GCAAGACCCUCGUUGACCCUCGUUGCCUGUCUGGGCACAAAGACGAGUUGAAUCGCGCUGAAGCGUGCCCGGUGGCAAAAAAAUCAGUUCCCAGCGCUCUGCGGCGGAUUAUUUCAGGGAGGCUUUCGAGGAGUUUCGAGAAGCCUUUCGGAGUGCAUCGAGCUGUCCAUGCUGAAGUCGUUAGGCAGUGGGAAGUCUCAGCGUAUGCCACAAAUCUACGCCUGGCUUGUUGUUCGACGGUGGCGAAUAGCGAGAUAACUGCCUGAUAACGCUGUUUUGCUAGUUUUGUCAGAUCCAUUAUCACCGGGGCAGUUCUCCAAACUGCUGCCACCGUAACGCAAUCACAUACUUCUCCACAAUCCAAUCCGUAUCACAAUCCGUAUCCCGCUCAUCCGAAAGCCGGGCCAAGCGGCUCCACUCGACAAGACGUGCUACGCGGUCAGGCAGAUCCGGCGCAGGUAUGGGCCAUGGCUGGACCAAGUACAUCUACUCUCCCAAUCCUAGCAUGGAUUACCACGGCAACACACACCAGCCGGCGAAGAGUCAAUGGCCGGCGUCAUACAUGUAUAACCGACGCACUCCCGCAGACGAACUGCCGCCACUGGGACCAAAAAAGAACCUCUCCGACCUGUGGCCGGGCGUCGAUUCGUUUCUGGACCAGCUGGACUAUGGCAACGAGACGAAUGCAACGUGGGUGGACGGCAACGGGAUGGAGCAGCGUGAGCCCGUACUCAACCUGCGCACAUCGGUGAUCAGUGUAGCAACGCCUACAAGCAGCAGCCCGGCAGGACCCGGAAAGCGUACGUUGGCACGGGUCCACGGUCGAGCACACGGCCAUGACCAACUCCCCGCCGGCGCUAUAGCCAUGUGCAUCAUUGCAGGCCUGCUCCUCGCCUUGACCCUCACUGCCGCACUGCAUCUCUGGGUGAAGCGGCGGCAGAAGAGACACGUUCGCUCGCAGAAGUCCUUCUGCCGCUGGAAGGACGACACCGCCACGCUGACGCUGUCCAGUGAAGACCAAACACUCAACGAGAAGCUAAGGAAAUGGCGCGAGCUGUAUUCACCAACCAAGUCCGCUAGUUAUGGCUUCAGGAUGCGCCCGCUAGGGCCCCAGUCGCAGCCACCCGGUCGCGCCGGCAUUCGCGAAGCGGGCCCACGCGAGGGAAAGAUAUACGUGCCCCCGCCCCCCGGCCCGACGCCAUUCGACAUUGCCACCCACCAGAUGACCGCGCAGGAACGCCAGUACUCCAUCGACUGUGGCGACAUGGAGAUUGUGGAGCCCGAGGCGGUCGCGAGGCUACCCGGCGCGACAGGCGCGUGCGAACACAGCGAAGGCGACGCGGAUGAGUUUGUUGUGCUUGUCGAGAGCGCCAAUACCAUCAUCCAGGCAUCGGGCAACAGCCUGCCACCCGCGCAUGCAGCCGAGCUCUCCAAAUCCAGAGCCACCGACAGGAUGGCGAAUAAGAGCAGCCGGUACAACACAGCACCUCACCGCAAGCAACAGCAAGCGUCGAGCAGCAAGGCGACAGCCCGCACGGUGGGCAUAUCGCAAUUCCCAGUCGCGAACGGCGUUGGCCAGACGACCACCACGCACCACGCACCCAACCCGGACAUGAUUCUCGGCUCAACCAGUUAUCGCUCGGCAGGCAAGUCGGCAGACAGUGAGCACUCGGGCACGCCACCUCCGUUCUCCCGUGACUACCGGCAAAGUCGUCGUGGCAACCAACAUGGCGGACGCUAUGCAGCAGCAGCAGCAGCAGCAGCAGCAGGUGGAGACACUGUGGGUAGUGCGGGGGAUCCACUGCAGCAACAUGAAAACAUGCGGACGCCGGGCAGCAGUGGAGGGAGUGCCGUCAGCGGUGGCAGCAGCAGUGACGUUGAAGUACCGGCCAGUGAAGAAACGCUCGACCUGCAAGCAACGGACAACAAUCGCAGCCACGGUGGAACGCCAGCCAGCAGCCAUAGCCCAAGUCCCAGGACGAGAUCUCCGCAGGAAAGGUGCUCAGCGUACACUGGCGAGGCAAAGCUGCAAGCGGAUAUCGCGCAGAAUCAGGCGCGAACAAGACAGCUUGGCUCCAGCAAGCGGCGACGGCUGGAGAAGACUGAUUCGGUGGACAUGGAUACAUUCAUAGUCCUCGACCAGGAGCUAGUGCGGCACAAGGAUACAGUGGCGAGGCUGUCAGCAGCCACUAACAAGCAGCAGUGGCAAAAGGCGCCGAGCCUGCAGAUCGGCAGCUCGUUCGACACCAUCUCCCCGAGCGCGGCGCGCACAACGCAGUCGCACAGUCCGCACGGCACGAUACAGUUCUCUGUGCAGUACCAGCUGGAGCGGCAACAACUGGUCGUCACCGUGCACCGCGCCAGCAAUCUGCCGCUGGAUGCCGAGCGCCAACCUCCGCACACCAUCGUGAAAGUGGAGAUACGACCGCCGACCACCGCCGACACCGUGAGCACGCUGACGCGAUCGUUCAAGCCCAGCCGCAACCCGGCGUUCAACGAAGAGGUUGUGUUUGCCGAGUACUCCGCCGCCGAGAUCAGCCUCUGCACUCUCAACCUGAAGGUCUAUCGGAUUGCGUCGCCGGGAAGCAAGAGCGGUGGUGGCAGUGGUGGCGUGCUGCAGCGGACGCCCACGCAGACGCGUCUCGGCGUCAUGCGCAUGAAGCUGCGCGACUGCAUCCUGAUGGGAACACUGCAGACGUUCGACAAGCCGCUCGAGGUGGGCCGACAGAAACACCGGCCCGCCUAGGCAGCGACGUGACAACAGGCACGCCCAUCGCUCGCGGGGAAUCAGCCGCGUGACACCCUGCAGCUGAUGCAGGGUGGUGCACUGCUUUCGUGGAUGGUGUAUUUCAGUCUGACCAACCUUGCCACCAUUUCAAAGCGGAAAACGCAUGCAUAAUAGUAUUCACUGCAUGCAAUAGCAACUGUAUCCUAUGUAAAUAUACACAAAUGUCUUGGUCCACAGCAGGAACGUCCUGCUCAAAGCAGGGCGUUCGGACAGCCUGGUAUUCAAUAAUGAUUCUGCACAGAUGACACAACAUUCUGAAGCCGGCCAACAGUUCGUAUGUACAAUAACGUGACAUAUACAUGCAUCAUGUCAGGCUGGUCAAAUCUAGAGGCUGGCCUCCGCCGUCGGUGAUACUGGAUUGUUCACACAUCGCGCUAGCACCACACGCUCACCACUUUUCUCCAUGUACGUACUAGUAUGCCUGCAGUAUUAUACGGUAUUAAAAAUUUAAAAUGCUUUUUUGCAUGCUCGUGCUCAUAAGUUGUUGUGAUCAAACCUGCACAACCAGGCCUCCCUGUGCAGAAUGCUAUCCCACACUACAUCA